AUGAGUAAUGAUGUACGAUAUUCAGGCGGUGCUGUUUGUAACAAUUCGGAUGAUGAAGUCGACUAUAUGUCUGAUGCCAUCCUGAAAGAAAUAGAAGAUGUAAAACCUGGACUAAUCGUAUCACGGGAUACACAGAGGCAGCGUUUAGUAGAAGAAAAUCGACGUAAAAAUAAAUGUCUUUCAAAGUCAGAAAGAGAACUCCACCAUCUCAAAGAAGGUCUGAAAAAACAAGUUGGACCAGAAAAUAAAGGAUUUAAUUUGCUUUCAAAAAUGGGCUACGUUCCGGGAAAAGGCUUGGGUAAAAAUGCCACUGGUAGAGCUGAUCCUGUUCCUAUUGAAAUUCCUCAGGGUCGUGAGGGUCUUGGCUUUGCUACUGAAAAAAAUGAGCGUUUGCUGUAUAGGGAGACUCUGAGACAACAAAUGCAGAUUGCAUGCAAAAAUGAAUUUCGCGAUAUUAUGGCCGUUAGAUUUCGACAGAAUCGUCUAAACCGCCAAUUUCAUGCCGCUCGUCGAAUAUGUCGGGAUUUAGACUUGAAGGAGUCUAUUACAACUCCAGUUGAUGAGUCGUUUUGGCCACCUCCUGACCCUGUUGCAGAAGAAGUCACUGACUGUACCAAACGCAGAAUGGGGAAUAGUACACACAACCAUAUAUCUUCAAAAGACUUGCUUCCUACACCUAAUUUAAAUCUUGAAGAGGAUGACAUUGGUGAAGACCUUCAAGAUAAUGAUUUAGCUAAGCUUGACCCAACGCAUGCAAAGUGUGACUAUGCAUUAAUUCAACGAAACUUCCUGCAACUUUUGAGUUAUCUGCGAGGUCAACAUAACUAUUGUUUUUGGUGCAGCUUGCAGUACGAAAAUCAAUCCGAACUCCUAAAUCAGUGUCCUGGCGAGACUGAAGACGAACAUGAAUAA